GAUAUAAUACCAUACGCAUUUGCUCCUACAACGUCGCAUUUACUCCAACUCGAUUUUACCAUCACGCUUCGAGUAGAGGAUUACAAUUUGUUACAGCAAUGGCCAAAAGAAGAGAGUCGGCUUACGGCUUAUAUUAGACCCUUUUCAUUGAUGGUUUGGAUUUUGUUCCUUAUUUCAACCGGAGCGAUGAUCCUUUGUAUGUCUAUAUUGACUUAUUAUCACCAACAAUGGAGUGAAAAUUGGAAGUGGAAAAGUUUCACAGAUAACAUUGAUCUUCAUGCAAAUUACGUCAUUACUGUUAUCACGGGCCAAGGCAAUCACAUUUCUUCAAAAACAAGAUUUUCCCUACGCCUUGUGGUAGGUUUGUGGUGUCUGACUAUGGUAGCCCUGGUAAACGCUUACACGAGCACUUUGAUGUCAUAUUUGACGGUGCCCAAACUUAAACCGAUUGUGAACACAUUAGCCGAUUUAGCGGCUAGUCUUGAUACCCAAGUGACAGUGGAUUUCGAAUCGGACCCGUCAAGGAUAUUUUUGGAUGCUUCAGUGGGUCCAAAUGUAGUUAUUGGCGACUUCCUUCGUAAUAAUCCGCAGUUUCUUGUCAAAGGAAGUCUAGAGGGAUUGAAGAAUGUUUUAAACGAAGGGGCUACAUAUUUCGCGAAUCGCGCUGUUGUAUAUUACUUCAUGGCGAUGGAUAUGAAAAGCCACGGCAAAUGUCGUUUGACGUCAUCAGAUCCCAUUCCCUACAUCCGAACUUACUCAUUUGGGUUACCCAAAAAUAGCCGACACAAUGCCAUCAUCAAUCACGAUUUGGAGUAUUUACUGGAAAGUGGCCUACUUCCUUUCUGGUUAAAGCGGUACACACCCAACAUCGAUAAAUGUUUGGUAGGUAAGACGAAACCACAGAGACGGAUGAUGCCUUUCACACUGCUGGAUCUAUCCAGCGCUUUUCUAUUUCUGGGCAUCGGUGUUGGAUUGUCUUUUUUCACGUUCCUUCUAGAAGUGAUGACGCAGUUUAAACGAAAGCAACAGAACAAAAUUCGCCGUGUAUUGGUUGCUCAGCCUUUGUUGUUAUAGAACUUGAAUUUCAAUAUUUACAGAUUCAAGGUUCUUACAAUUAAUCGCUAGUCGCAAAAAUUUGCUUUCACAUUAUCGCCAUACUUGGUCAACACAUUUUUAAAUAAUCUUUAUAAUUUCAUAUGAAUGUGGUGCAAUAGCUAAUCAGAUUAAAAUUAUUUUGCCAUUUAUCUAAGUCAGCAAUAAAUAUAACGAUUACGUCAUUGACAAACAGAAUAUUGAAUGA